AUGGGACCCAGAUCGGUAUUCCCUUGGCCUGGGCCUCUUGACUCAGCGGCAACAAACCACAAUAUUCUAGGAGCUGACCUUAAUUCUCUUGUCAGCGGCUCAGACGCCAGCCUGACUCCUCCCAGCGAGACAAGAUCACUAGCUUCUAGCCCGCCACGCCUAUCCAUGACACCUGAGCAACAGGAGAUGAGGAGGCACAGAGAUAGAGUACGACGAGAGUCCAAGUUGACGUCCAGGAUGAGACGCACUGACAGUGCCUCAUACACCACCUCCCCGCCGCCGAUGGCCCUGAACGAUGUUUCUAAUGCAAUCCCUCUGCCGAUUUACUCGACGGCACCUCAGGUCUCUCUACUCGCAGAACCUUCUCAAGCUCUACACAACCAGCAAUAUCUGUCUUCAUAUAACGCAGCUCUACAGGAAGCUUCACAUACUUCUCAGAUGUUCACCUCUUCUCCCUAUCAGUCGAUGUGGGUUGUUCCAGACCAACGAGUUACGGAAGCAUCAUGGGCUAAUGGAAUUUGCUCUCAGACCAUCAACGUAUAG